GCAGAGAGGAAGCCGAUGUAAACAGGGCUAUUUGCACGACUCUGAUCUUGGCCAGAUCUUGACCUAUUAACACGCAGUGGAUGUCAGUGAGUGUCGCUGCGAGUAUUUAUAGAUUGGGGCGCUGAAGCUUUUUGUUUCGGGUUCUCGCGCGCAAUCGGGGUACGGACGAAGUACGGACGCGUCGCGUCGGACGUAAAAUGUCCGCUAGGGGGAUAAGACGGAAGAAAUCGUCGCUGUCUGAAGUUAAAGUCGCUGUGAUCGGUGCGCCAUCUGUCGGGAAAAGCGCUCUUACAGUCCGGUUUUUGACGAAGAGGUACAUCGGAGAGUACGACCAUCAACAAGAUAGCAAAUACAAACAUGAAGCAUUGUUGGACGGCGAGCCGAUAUUGUUCGAAAUUCUGGAUACGUGUCCUAAGAGUCUAGAUGAAUUGCCAGGGAAUGAAAUAGCCCAGUGGGCUGAUGGUCUGUUCCUGGUGUACUCGAUCACAGACAGAGAAUCUUUCAACUAUGUCCGUCGAGCGAAGCAGAAUCUACAGCCAGAAAUACCAUUAGCACUAGUCGGCAAUAAAGCCGAUAUGGUGCACCUGAGACAGGUGAGUCCAGAAGAGGGAGAGAUCCUUGCUAAGGACUUCGAGUGCAAUUUUGCUGAAGUAGCGGCCGCUGAACAAGUGAACCAAGUAGGAGAAGUAUUCCACGAACUUUGUCGAGAAGUCUUAACACAUAGGCGGAGAGCUAAACAUAGUUUACUGGACAGAAUGCUGGGCUCCAAAACAGCAUACAGGGUAUAUUCUAGAGGAAAAAGCGACAGUGCAUUACCCAAAGACUAACUGCAUUUAUCUAUCUCCAACAUGAGAGAAGAUUUAUUAGAAGAUCGCUCCUUAAAGACACCGAAGUUCAGGGCAUUAUUACGCCGUCUUGUUUCAGGCUACUCUGAAUGACCAGGUUUCCAUGUUAAAUGUCAGAAUACUAGGGAUAUAUGACUAUAAGUAAGUUUAAUGAAAAUAUCUCUUAAUUGUAUCGAAAUUAAAUGGUAUAUAAAUAAGUAGAAGUUUUAAAUUGAUGUGUAAAAUUGAACGAUUGAUUCGCGCGUUAGAUGAAAUAUUAAUCGUAGUGGUCUUAUAGGGAAAUACUUUUAUAAAUGGUAUUAUAGCAUCGGUUAUAAUUAGUUUGUGUUUGUUUUCCGUUGCAAUUUAACUAGCUUCGUAUUCUAAGAGGACUUCGUAGUAGGCCUAUGCGGUACCAAUGUGUAUAAUACACAUAUACACCUGUAUUUAACGUCUUUUCUGGUGUUAUGUAGUAGAUAAAGUUCUCAUUUUUGUGAUGAUCUAGGAGUAGGAUAUAAUCACUGGUGUCUUAAACUCGUCCUGUUGUUAAGAAUUCCAAAACAGAAAAUACUUUGUGAACUAUGGACUUUGUUCGCUAUCAACAAUAGCGUGCAGCAAUUAUCCGUCAUAUUAAAUUCCAAUAAGUACUGACUCUAUUCAUCUCGAUUUGCUGUUUUUUUUUAAUCUUAGAAAUUUUUAGUUUGCUGGUAUGUAAGAUUGGAAUUAAAGUGGAAAUACACAUAUUUACUUCGCAAUAUAACAUUGUCCACGUACUAAAACCAUUAUUUCAUUACUUAAGUAUUUGUUUCGAAUCAAUUCGGUUAGGUACAGUUUAGUGAUUUUAUUUCCAAUGAAUAAUAACUGAGAUUAUUUGAUAAUGUUGUAAAAUUUCGAGUGAACAUUUUUUUGUUUCGAGUAAACAUUUAUUUGUUAAAGAUAGCUGGAUUUUAUUCGGCAAUAGAAAAUGUACGUAAUAGCUAGUUGUGGUUGUUCAUUUUACACCAGAUUUAUAUUUUGUAUUGACACUGUUUAAUUUUUGUAUUAUAAUUAUACAAUUACAUAAAUUUUAUGUUUUUCGGCUAACUCGCGUAACUGUUUGAAGAGAAACUCAACUCAUUUCACACCGUGCCAAGGGGCUAUUUUUGAGAAACAUUGAUUUUAUUGUAACUUUCGUGAGACAUACUAAAUUAAUUAUUAUGUUAUCGGCUUCAUCACGUAAUGUUUUGACGAGGAACUCGACUAGUUUCAAGCCAUGCUAGAGGCUCAUAUUCAUGAGCAGCAUUCCGAGACACACGACGCGGCGAUUGUCGCGCUGAUACUGAGUUCUUCGUCAAACUAGUCGAGUUCCUCGUCAAAACAUUACGUGAGUAAGCCCAUAACAUAAUAAUUAAUGAGAAACAUUGUUUAAUAUUCUUCAGUAUAGUCUUACUAUCUAUGUAGGUAGCUUUAAGAUGUACUCGAUAAAUAAAAGCCAAAAAAUACUUAUAAUACUCAUAAGAUAUGUAUAAAUAUUAAGAUAUGUAUAUAGUGAAAUGUAUUGUUCCACUGAUAAUCUUACCAUCUUUGUUUUAUAUUCUUACAGUUACAGCAUUGUAGUGGCUUAAAAUAUAAAUGUUUUCAAAUAUUUACAAAUACCUAAUUGUUGUAGGAUGAAUGUAAUACAUAAACAGUCAGUUGCAGAAAACUGUCUUUAAAUUCGACAUUAGUUAAUCCGUCAUUAUCGCUAAUAUUCCAUUAAAUUUAAAGACGUUGCACAAAACUGUUGCGGGUCCCUUUAAUGGGACUUUAACUAAAGACGACAUUAAAAAGUGUUGCAAGUUAAAACACAUAUUUUGAAUGAACUGAUUACGUAGUAUUUGUAUACUCUCUGGAACUGAUUGAAUGUAAAUUGUCAUUAAGGAUGGAAGGAAGCGAAUCCCGCUUCGAAAGAAACCGAUUUUUUAAAAUGACGAUUUAUCGAUUGUGUUUGGAUUUAUUUCAUGUAGUUAAAGGACACUAUAAAAAUCAAUACAAUACCAUUUGUUACUACUUAGUUACUUGUAAAUUAAGACUCAGUUAUGAGUUUUUUCAGAGCUAAUUACAUUAUUUACGUAAUAGCUAUAUCUAUAUUUUGUAUUUGAUUAAAUAUCUCUAUAUUUGACAGAUUAAGCAUAUGUGUUAAUUUAAUUAGCUACUAUUAAAUGUUUUUUGUAGUAUCUUAAUAGUGGAAUACAUAUAAAUAUCAAAUCUUAUUCUAAUUCACUGACCGAUUCAAUUAUGUGUUCCGAUUUAAAAUAGGUAUCAACCUUUUUGGUUCGCGGGAAGAAAUUCCUAGAUCGCCAGCCCUAGUUGUCAAUAUUGACAUCAUGAGCGUUUCUGUCAUCUCUGUAUUUAGGAAAAAUCCAAUUUUUUACGAUAAAAAUAUUAUCAAUUGCUUUAAUGUGGUGUUGAAUUAUCUUUCAUUGGUAUCGUAACAGCGUUUGUAAGAGAGAAGAUUUAACGUAGCUUCCAGGUGUUUGUUAUUGUUGUGAUUAAUUGAGAAUUGGACUCGUCUCGAGUUUUCCUUUUGUAGAAAGAAUUUUCAGCAUUAUUCAUUAACCAUGGUAUCUGGUGCAAUACAGGCUGGUUCAGGCAGUAUGCAUCGCCCUUGUACUAACUUUUUAAGCAAAGAAUUAACCAAAGAAUGGUAUAAUAUUGCACCCACAGAGGAAGUACGAAUUGCCCCCAUGUAAUGACGGUAUGGUAUUUUAGUAAAAUAAAUAUCUAAUAAAAUAAAUUAAUUUAAAACAAGA